AUGUCUACCAACACAUCUAAUCCGCCGCAAAAUUCGUCGCCGCCCGAGCAUUCGGACGCCGCAGCGCCUCCUUCUUCAACUCCAACUCCACCACCGAGCUCAACUCCAGAGCCGCCGCCAUCAUCAACAGCACCACCACCUCCUCCUUCAUCGACACCUUCAUCGUCUACUCCAGACAACCCCCCGUCCUCGACAGCUCCGCCAUCUGAGCCUCCAUCGAGUAGCACUACACCACCACCGCCGCCGACUUCAUCGUCAUCGACAGAGCCACCGACUUCUACGGAACCGCCUUCAUCUACGUCAAGCUCAUCGUCGUCAUCUACUUCGAGCUCAUCUGGCACCACUACCUCGUCGACUUCGACGGCAACUCCGAAUGGUAUUGCUGGCAAGGAUAGCAGCGGCGGUCUCGACUCAAAGGCCAAGGUAGCCAUUGGCGUCGUCGUUCCCAUUGUCGCCAUUGCCAUCCUGGCCGUCAUUGGACUUUUCCUGUGGAAGAAACGUCGUGCGCGCCGGGUGGCCGAGGCCGAGCGAAGAAAGGAGGUCGAGGACUAUGCCUACAACCCCAAUGCCGAUCCCACCAUUCCUGUAGUUGGCAUGACUGGAGGAGACGCGUAUGAGAUGCGGGAAGAGGGAUCUGUUGGCUACCGUGGCUGGGGAUCAACCACUCUUGGCGGCUCAACAGGCCGAAAAGCUUCGACCACGAUUUCUGGUGCCACCAACGGUUAUUCCGACAUUUCGCCUACUCGUGGCGGCAACAUGUCUGACGCGGCAUUGAUUGAUGGUCCUGAGGGAGAGAUUCUUGGCGCCAUGGGACCGUCAGCGGCAAACAACCGUGGCGAUGUUCGACGAGGAGCUUCUAAUGCGUCUUCUUCAUACAGCGCAACCGGCCGAUCAGACGGCUCUGACGCGGGCGCAGGCAUGGCCUACAGCACUGGCGCCGGUUACUACGAUCAAUAUAGCCAGACUCCCUAUGACACCCCCUACGGUGGUGCCAACGAGAUGCCAGCUCCGCCCAUUAUCCGCGACAAUCCCGCUCGGCGUAGCACGCGCGUUGAAAGUCCUGGUCACUUCCCUCAGCAGAGCGCUGGCAUUUCCCAGAACUUCUAA